AUGGAGCAGGUGCGACGUAGCAACGUGCAUCCGUGGACACGCCUCCUCCUCCUGCCACUCCUCGCCGUGACGGCCGUCUCCGCGGGAGCCUCGCCGGCCUCGCCGGAGAGAGACUUGUACGCGCUGUCGAAGCUCAAGUCCUCCCUGCUCUCCCGCAGCGCCGGCAACAGCACCUCGCUCGCCGACUGGGACACCUCGUCCUCGUCGGCGCCAUCGGCACCGUCACCUCCGUGGCGCCACUGCAACUUCUCCGGGGUCACCUGCGACGCCUCCGGCAACCGCGUCGUCGCCAUCAAGCUCACCGGCGUCCCUCUCCACGGCGGCGUGCUCCCCAGCGAGGUCUCGCUGCUCGACGCUCUCUCCAGCCUCACCGUCGCCGCCUGCUCCCUGUCAGGCCCGGUCCCCGCGUCGCUCGCCUCGAUGGCUCACCUCCGCCACCUCAACCUCUCCACCAACAACCUCGCCGGCCCCUUCCCGUCUCCCCCGGACGCCGGGCCGCCGUACUUCCCCUCACUGGAGGUGCUCGACGUGUACGACAACAACUUGAUCGGGCCCCUCCCGCCGUUCGGCAGGUCGCACGCCAGGCUGCGGCACCUGCACCUCGGCGGGAACUUCUUCACGGACGGCAUACCCGAGGCGUACGGCGACAUGGAGGGGCUCGAGUACCUCGGCCUGAACGCCAACUCGCUCUCCGGCCGCGUUCCGCCGUCGCUCUCGAGGCUCAAGAGACUGAGGCAGAUGUACUUGGGGUACUACAACACCUUCGACGGUGGCAUCCCGGCAGAGUUCGGCGAGCUCGACGCCCUCGUCCUGCUUGACAUGAGCACCUGCAGUCUCACAGGGCCGAUCCCUCCGGAACUCGGCGGUCUCACGCGGCUCGAAACACUCUACCUCCAAUGGAACAAAUUGUCGGGGGAAAUCCCGGUCCAACUCGGCAACAUCAAGAGCCUCGUGAACCUCGACGUCAUCGGCAACGAGCUUACCGGACAGAUACCGGCGAGCUUCACCGGACUAACCAGACUAAAGCAACUGAUUCUAUGUGACAACAAUCUCCAAGGUGUGAUUCCGAAGUCUCUUGGCGUGCUGGCUGAGUUGGAAGACCUCCAAUUAGGGUCCAACAACCUUUCCGGUGGGCUGCCGGCCAACCUCGGCGAGAACAGCAGGCUGCUGUACCUGGAUGUCUCCGGCAACCAGCUCACCGGCGCUAUACCACCCCACCUCUGCGCCGGAAGGCGGCUGCGGACUAUCUUUCUGAUGGGGAACAGGCUUUCUGGGCCAAUCCCCGAGGACCUCGGCAACUGCAAGACGCUCACCAUAGUCGACCUCAACAGCAACCUUCUCAAUGGCACCAUCCCGUGGAGCCUCUUUGGUCUCCCCGAGACUUACUGGUUGGACUUGAGCAAUAACUUGCUCUCCGGCGAGCUCCCCGGCGUGAUCCCCAGUGUCGGGCUGGGCAUUUUGUCGGUGGCAUCCAACAACUUAUCCGGCAUCCUGCCACCGGAGAUUGGCCAUCUCAAGAAUCUGUCCUCGCUCAACGUAAGUGCCAACGCUCUCACCAGUGGGAUCCCCCCGGAGCUCAGCCACUGCGAGUCGCUAACCGUGCUGGAUCUCAGUCGCAACCACCUCACCGGAGAGAUACCGGAAGUGGUAACAAAUCUGAAGGUUUUAAAGACGUUGAACUUGUCGAGGAACAGUAUCUCCGGCGAACUCCCACUUGAGAUCCGUCACAUGGCGAGCCUCACAUCGCUGGAUGUGUCCUACAACAACCUCACUGGCCGCGUGUCAGCGUCACAACUUGAGGGGGCGUUCGCCGUCUCUGACGCGGCUGAUUUUGAAGGCAACCCUGGCCUCUGCGUGGAGCGCGUCACUGCCGCCUCGUGCUCCCGUCUGCAGCGUUCGCGGGGGCGCGGCGUCAGGACGAGGACGAUCCUGCUCUGGCUCGUGCCGGCCGUCAGCGCCGUGGUGGCGGCCAUGGCCGUGUACCUUGGGCUAAGGUGGCGGCAGGCGGCAAGGCGGCGGCCCGUGGCCUGGAAGAUGACGCUGUUCCAGAACCUGGACCUGGAAAUGGACGACGUGGUCGGGUGCCUCAGGGAGGAGAACGUCGUCGGCAGGGGCGGCGCUGGCACCGUGUACCGCUGCGCGACACGCGGCGGCGAGGAGGUCGCCGUCAAGCGCCUCCCGGGCCCCGGCCGCCGCGACCACGGCUUCCGGGCGGAGGUGGCCACGCUCGGCGGCAUCCGGCACCGCAACAUCGUGCGGCUGCUCGGCUUCGCGUCGGGCGCGGAGGGGAACCUGCUGCUGUACGAGUACAUGCCGGCGGGGUCGCUGGGCGCGGCCCUGCACGGCGAGCGCGGCGCGCUGCUGGGCUGGGGCGCGAGGCUCCGCGUCGCCACCGAGGCGGCGAGCGCGCUGUGCUACCUGCACCACGAGUGCAAGCCGAGGAUCCUGCACCGCGACGUCAAGUCCAGCAACAUCCUGCUGGACUCGGCGAUGGAGGCGCACGUCGCCGACUUCGGCCUCGCCAAGUUCCUCUGCCGCGGCGCGUCCUGCUCCGGCGCUGUGGCGGCGGCGGAGUCCGUGUCGGUCGUCGCCGGCACGUACGGGUACAUCGCCCCCGAGUACGCGUACACGCUGCGGGUGGACGAGAAGACGGACGUGUACAGCUUCGGCGUGGUGCUGCUGGAGCUCGUCACGGGGCGCCGCCCGCUAGGCGACUUCGGCGACGAGAUCGACCUCGUCCACUGGGCACGGAGCGCCGUGCCGAGGCCGUCGGACGCCACGGCAAUCCUGGCCGUGGCCGACCCACGGCUGCCGCCGGAGCCGGGGGGCCUGAUCGCUCGCCUCUUCAGGGUGGGCAUAUCGUGCGUCCGGGAGAGCAGCCAGGCGCGACCCACCAUGCGCGAGGUCGUGCAUGUUCUUUCCAGCUUCAUGCCAGUUGCCGAUCCGUCGAAUUCAACUUCGGCUCUUUCCCUCUAGCUUACAGUGGAUCGUGGUGGUUGUUAUUACACUGUAAAAGUCAGCUGUGUCGUCAAAAUAUUAACGAGAAACU